ACACGCAGAGUGACUGUGCGCGGAGGGAGGGAAGACAAAGCGUGCAAAGACGGAGGAACGAAGGGAGGGACCAUCAGUGAUUUAGCGCAUCCAUCCCUGCCGGACCGGUCACAGGAUGAGAAAAACAAGUAGGGCAGGCAGCGAAUGACUGCACAGGAAUCACCAGAAAGCGAGCGCAGGCACAGACGGAAAAGAGCGCAAUGGAGAUAGAGCAAGAAGAGGGGGGCAUGGGGGACAGGUUUGUGAGAGGACGGAGUUACAGGAGACUGCAGGGGAUGCUGAGAAAGGCAAACCAGGCCUCCUUCCGAACAAAGAAGGUUAUGGGCACUGUGGCUGUGAGUGAUGACACGCCGGAAGAGGAGCACCCCCCUCACUUCAAUGAGACACACCAUGUCCUCAAGAUCCCGCCCCCUGUCCCUCCUAAACCCAAAAUUUUACAGACCCCUCCCCCUGUCCCUCCUAAACCUGACAUCUUCCAGAUUGCACCCCCUGUCCUUCCUAAACCUGACAUCUUCCAGACCCCACCCCCUGUUCUUCCUAAAACUGACAUCUUUCAGACCAUACCCUCUGACUUUAAAUCUGACCUCUUUCAGACCACACCCCCUAUCCUUCCUAAAACUGACCUCUUUCAGACCACACCCUCUGACCCCAAAUCUGACCUCUUUCAGACCACACCCUCUGACCCCAAAUCUGACCUCUUUCAGAUCAUGCCCUCUGACCCCAAAUCUGACCUCUUUCAGACCACACCCUCUGACCCCAAAUCUGACCUCUUUCAGAUCAUGCCCUCUGACUUUAAAUCUGACCUCUUUCAGACCACACCCUCUGACCCCAAAUCUGACCUCUUUCAGACCACGCCCACUGUCCUUCCUAAAUCUGACCUCUUUCAGACCACGCCCACUGUCUUUCCUGAAUCUGACCUCUUUCAGACCACGCCCACUGUCUUUCCUGAAUCUGACCUCUUUCAGACCACACCCACUGUCCCUCCUAAAUCUGACCUCUUUCAGACCACGCCCACUGUCCUUCCUGAACCUGACAUCUUUCAGAUCAUGCCCUCUGACUUUAAAUCUGACCUCUUUCAGACCACACCCACUGUCCCUCCUAAAUGUGACCUCUUUCAGACCACGCCCACUGUCCUUCCUAAAUCUGACGUCUUUCAGAUCAUGCCCUCUGACCCCAAAUCUGACCUCUUUCAGACCACACCCUCUGACCCCAAAUCUGACCUCUUUCAGAUCAUGCCCUCUGACUUUAAAUCUGACCUCUUUCAGACCACACCCUCUGACCCCAAAUCUGACCUCUUUCAGACCACACCCCCUGUCCUUCCUAAACAUGACAUUUUCCAGACCACACCCUCUGAUCCUGAAGAGGACAUCUUUCAGACCCUGCCAUCUGAUCCUAAAAAGGACAUCUUUCAGACCCUGCCCUCUGACAUGAAGCAGGACAUUGAACCCUGGACCGCUGAGGACUACCCUGUCUAUGAGAAUAUCCUCCUCAUCGGAGAGGAGAAGUGUGUGGAGGAUUGGCCAGAGAACAGUCCAGAGCUGGAUCCUGACUGGAAGCCGUCCGGCCGGCUGAGACUCCGGAGGGAGUCGCUGAGGGUGCAGUCGGAGAUGCAGAAUCACUGCAGAGAGGAGGAUGUGCAGCACGACGGGCGAGAGACGCACUGGAAGAGCAAGAGAGGAAGGAGAUUCAGCUUACAAUUCAUCCCAAGAAGAGAUUCGAAGGAGAGGAGUGGGGAUGAGUGUUCAGAGAAAGGGGCAGAUCUCUUCAGAGGCAGAGAGGGAGACGAUGAAGAGCAGGAUGGAGGGGAAGACUGCAGAUCGCAACAGAAGAGAGGCAAGAAAUUCAAAAUCUCAUUCUUAACACCCAGGGAUCCAAAGGAGAGGAGUGGGGAUGAGUGUUCAGAGAAAGGGGCAGAUCUCUUCAGAGGCAGAGAGGGAGACGAUGAAGAGCAGGAUGGAGGGGAAGACUGCAGAUCGCAACAGAAGAGAGGCAAGAAAUUCAAAAUCUCAUUCUUAACACCCAGGGAUCCAAAGGGCCAGGAGGAGCUGAUGGAAGACCCACCUGGAGCCACCUGCAAUAACUACCACCUGUCAGAGGCAGCAGAGGCAGAGUGGUUUUCCUCUCAGAGGGAUGAAUGGUUGAUGAAGGGUGCUGAGGCUGAGGAGACCACAGGGGUGGAGGAGGGGGACACUGACAGUCUAAUGGAGUGGUGGAACACAGUGGAACAGUGGGAUGAGCUGCCCUCAGAUGAUGAGAAGUUACCAGAGGAAGAGGAGGUCAAGGCAUUUACAGUCAUGGCUGAGAAGGUGCAGAAGGGGAUCUUUGUUUUUAACAAGCUGUUUGUGGAGCAGGCCGAGGGCCUGUGGCAGCACGUCAUCGACCUCAACGCCAUCGCUGAUGACAUAAACAACUUCCACAAGAAGGCCAAGAUCGCCAGCAUCACCGGUGGCACAACCACCGCGGUGGGAGGGGUCACUGCCAUCGCCGGGCUGGCCCUCGCCCCUGUCACCAUGGGGGCGUCUCUGAUCAUCACGGCUGUGGGGAUAGGCGUGGCCACCGCAGGCGGCCUCACCUCUGCCUCCGCCACCAUCUCCGACACCGUCAACAACUCCCACGACCGCAAGAAGGUGGAGAAGAUCCUGGAGGACUACCAGGCCAAGAUGGCGGACGUCAGCAAGUGUCUGCGCUUCAUACGGCAGGGCAUGGAGAAGCUUCAGGAGUACAACCUGCUGAAGCUGAGCCCAGCACACUGCCAGGACCGGCUCAUCAGCAGGGCGGUACAGAUGGGCAGCGAGGCAGGCGGCACCGUGGAUCGGGCCCUGCAUAUCGCGGGCCAGGCCGGCUCCGUGCUGGCGGGUCUCUGCCACCGCAUGGACAGCUACUUCGUGGGCAAAGACCUGCGCGAGCUGAAGAAGGGCUGCAAGACGGAGUUCGCUGCCAAGAUCCGCGAGGUAGCAGAGCAGCUGCACGAGGGGCUGGUGGAGCUCAACAGCAUCCGAGAGGAGCUGCAGGAAGCCGUCUACAUCUGAGCUCACUUUCCCACAGUCCCACCUGGUCUCAUCUGGACUCACUUUCCCACAGUCCCACCUGGUCUCAUCUGGACUCACUUUCCCACAGUCCCACCUGGUCUCAUCUGGACUCACUUUCCUACAGUCCCACCUGGUCUCAUCUGGACUCACUUUCCCACAGUCCCGCCUGGUCUCAUCUGGACUCACUUAACCACAAUCCCGCCUAGUCUCAUCUGGACUCACUUUCCCACAGUCCCACCUGGUCUCAUCUGGACUCACUUUCCCACAGUCCCACCUGGUCUCAUCUGAACUCACUUUCCCACAAUUCCACCUAGUCUCAUCUGGACUCACUUUCCCACAGUCCUGCCUGGUCUCAUCUGAACUCACUUUCCCACAAUUCCACCUAGUCUCAUCUGAACUCACUUUCCCACAGUCCCACCUGGUCUCAUCUGGACUCACUUUCCCACAAUCCCACCUGGUCUCAUCUGAACUCACUUUAUCACAAUCCCACCUGGUCUCAUCUGAACUCACUUUCCCACAAUCCCACCUGGUCUCAUCUGGGCUCACUUUCCCACAAUCCCACCUGGUCUCAUCUGAACUCACUUUAUCACAAUCCCACCUGGUCUCAUCUGAACUCACUUUCCCACAAUCUCACCUGGUUUCAUCUGAACUCACUUUUCCACAAUCUUAGCUACAUUGCCAAUUGUCUGGUUAGCUUGGACUUGCAAUUUUUUGUUUUAUUAGUGAGCAAGCUAUUAGUGAAGACACACAAAUAUUUAAAUGUAGCACAGGUCUCUCAUGUGCAUAUGCACUAGGGAAUGGUAUUCAUGAAAGCACUACUUCCCCACUCUUUAAUGUGCUAACAUCAGAAUGCACACUCUAUCACAAGUGCUCACACUACAGCACACAGGUACACCUGUGGUCAUGUCUGAGAAUGCAUACUGAGCAUCAGAGAAGGCUGGAGCAUGUAAAGUAUCUUCCUCCCAGUGUGCUGACAUGGAGUUGUAAACAAACUGCCCACAGUGUCUUUAUCUGAUGGUCUGACUCAUUUUAGGAGCAUCUUCCUGGCAUAAUAAAAAGUCUACAGACAACACAAAGGGCUUCCUGGUGUCCUGGUUUUAGCGGAUCUCUGAUGCUCUCUGUGGCAGUGUUAGGAAUUGCAGUGGGGAAUAUUUCAGGAAGUCUGUUUAAACUAAAACUGCUUUCAGAAAUAUGGUCCUCAGAGCGGGAGUGUUUCACUGAAGGUGUCACUCAGACUUUCAGACUGUAAGAACCUGUACAGCAUUUAUUAUUUUUUAAGGGUUAGUCUGGAAUUCAGAUUAUAAAAAACUUACAUUUAGUCCUCAAAACAAUUAAUUUUAUAUACUAUCUUCCUGGACAACUAACUUGAAUGGGUUCAGGUUUAGUAUGCUAGUAUGUUCAGUAUGUUCAUGUUUAGCUGUGGGUUAUACCAGCAGUCUUCUUAUUGCAAUCACUAUGAUUGCUAACGCUAACAUGGGUGUUUACAAUUCCAACGGUGGCCGAUGACGCUGUGAUUGUGGUGUAAACGGCCACUGACCGUCACCUUAUGUGUUGUGAACGGUUGCCUGUGGGUGCUCAGUACUGUCCGCAGGGGGCGCUGUGCUUCCUGCUGCCCGGUUUCAGAUCAAUCUUCACUCUAGGAGGGAUGGGAAGAGAAGCAUAGAGGUGCGUUCAAAAUGCUUUUCCGCUGUCUGCCUUUGUUUACGCAAAUCAGUGCGCAUGAAUAAUUGCCUAUGUAUGUGCAUUAAAGAGCAGGAAGAAGCCCCCUCCUAUGGAUUAAACAGAGAUUACGGAUAUUCAUGUUUUGUUUUUCUGUUAUACGCUUGCUGUGGGAAUUUACCGAGUCGAGUAAGAUGCCGUUGUUAUUGAGAUAUUGCAGGUUAUACUGUCACAGAUAAAAAUU